GAAGGAUGAGACUGAUUCGCAGCUAACUGGAACAACUUGAAGGGGAAGCACUGAAGACAAGCACUUGUGAGCCCAUGCGCAAUACCUUACCAGGUUGUGAUGCACAUGCAACAUAAACUGACUGGACCCACGGAUCUUUGCUGAAGCUUCAGUUGAGAUUUGAUAACGAGCUCGGGCAUAAUUAAAGCACUGGAACCCACGUAGAUUCGCACGUGCAGGGCUCUCAACUCAUACCCUGCCUGGCUGAGGCACUUCUCUUGCUACAAGAACCCAUGAUUGUGCAAGAGCUGAAGCUCUUUCUCCCGUACCUCUUUAGAUUGCAACUUGCGCAAUGUUCAGAACCAUUGCCAUCGUCCUCAUCCUCUCGUGCGCCCUCGUCGGUGGCUACGGGGGAAUGUACCUUGCCGUAAGGCAUGGCUUCUUUGACGCUGUCAAGAUUUGCACCACCAAAAAGUCCAUGUGGCUCAAACCACGAUGCGUCCUGGCAAGAUCCGGCCCAACCUAUCGGCCGGCCUACACGGGGAUUCCGGCCAUUGACGAUGCCCUGGGGCUUCUCCUCGAGUUCUUUGCCGUUUCCAUCGUCAACUACGGACAGGACAUUGAUUGGCAAGGAGUUGUCACUAUGUCGUACAUGGCUGCCCAGUUUGGAGGACUUUGGUCCUUGAUGUCACUCGAAGGUCUGCGCAAGAAGAAUCGACGCACAGUCUUCAGCUACACGGGUGCAUGGGGAAUGCUAGGACAGCUGGUGACGAUCACGAUUGCGGCACCCAUCUACCUCGCCUUCAACGUCCUCUACUCACCCGAUCGAGCUGGUUACGAAGAUGUCGUCGUGGAUCCAACAGACGCGGACAUUCUGCCAUGGGUAUCAACAAUUUCGUACAUGGUGCCGAGCCUCCUCAUGGUACUCCCAUCACUCGGCGUCCUAUCGCCCAGGGAGAAUUACAUUAUCAUUGCCUUGUGGCAGCCAUUUCCGCUUUUGCACUCUUUCUUCCAUCCACUCGUCAAGAAACUGGUGGCAUCGGACAAGAAGCCAAAGGAAACGACCGACAGACUCCUCGUGUCUCUGCGGAGUGUGUACAAGUUCGUCAUGACAUUGAGUGGGAUCGCGCACGGCCUGACUAUAGGGACUGUCAUAUUGUCGAAGACACUGUCAAACAUGCCUGGACUAUCUCUGUCUAAGAUGCUGGUACCGACGUCGUUGACAGAUCCACCCAUCCGAACUCUCAUGAAACCACCCGUGUCGGCACUGGCGCAGAAAGAGAUUGUCACCAACUUCCUCCGGUGGGAUAUCUACUGUGCUUGCGCAGCGUUUGCUGUUUGGGCUGUCUACCAGAAGCAUCAGGCGUUGCCUCAAAAGAGCCUACUACGAACGGUGGGCAAAAUCGGAUUCUGGACUGCUGUGGCCGGACCCAUUGCAUCGGCGGCAGCAUUGCUGCGAGAGAGAGACGUGGAGGUCUUGGAGAGAAUCGAGUUGAACCGACAGAUUCGCAAGACAAAGUAACUCAGGUAUCGUUG